AUGGGUGUCCCACCGGAACGCUCUGGAGGUGAGGGACGACCUGCUUCGUCCGCCUCUAACCCACGAAGAACCCCCGGCAAUCAGUCUUAUGCCCGUGUCGCCGCACAGGGAACCGACGAACAAUCGCCUCUCCUGAGACACGACGCCAAUACUAAUACUGCUGUUCAUGGGGAGUCGGAUGAUUCGCAGACAACCAAGAGCAUAUGGUAUCUGCUCCUGUUGACCAUCAGUAUUGGUGGUCUUCAGAUCGCAUGGUCCGUUGAGCUCUCGAAUGGUUCACCAUAUCUUUUAUCUCUCGGGCUCAGCAAGUCUCUUAUGGCUCUGGUCUGGAUUGCCGGCCCCCUUACCGGUACUCUCGUUCAGCCAUACGUGGGUAUGUUGAGUGACAAUUGUCGACUACCCAUGGGAAAGAGAAAGCCUUUCAUGAUUGGAGGCUCUGUUGCAACCAUCCUUUCUCUACUGUUCCUUGCUUGGGCCAAAGAAAUUGUUGCGAGUGCUUCCAACAUCCUUGGUUUCGAUCCCGAGUCACAAGGCGUCAAGACUACAACCAUUGUUGUUGCAGUUAUUGGUGUCUAUGUUCUCGACUUUGCCAUCAACACCGUCCAGGCCUCCAUCCGUGCGUUCAUUGUCGACUGCGCCCCAGCUCACCAGCAGGAGUCCGCCAACGCCAUGGCUAGUCGAAUUACUGGAUUCGGUAACAUCGUUGGAUACAUUGCCGGAUAUGUCGACUUGACUCGUCACCUCGGAUUCCUCGGAAAGACGCAGUUCCAAAUCCUCUGUGCUAUCGCUUGUGUUGCCCUUGCCUUGACUGUAUUUGUGAGCACUGCCAUCAUCAAGGAACGAGACCCUCGACUUGACGGGCCCGCCAAGAAAGAGCAGCACGGCGUGUUCUCGUUCUUCCUCACAAUCUUCAAAUCGAUCAAGCGUCUGCCACCUCAGAUCAAGAGGGUUUGCGAGGUCCAGUUCUGCGCCUGGGUUGGUUUCUUCCCUCUGUUGUUUUACACAUCCUCGUACAUUGGGGAGAUCUAUGUAGAGCCAUACCUUGAAGCGAACCCCCACAUGCCACCGGAGCAGCUCAACAAGCUAUAUGAGCAAGCGACUCGAAUUGGUACAUUCGCACUUCUCAUUAACUCCAUCGUGAGCUUGCUCACGAACGUCUUCCUCCCCUUCUUCAUUGCUCCCACGUACGAUAGCCAGCCUAUCACAAACGUUCCGGGAGAGACACCAGCUUCCGGCUAUUACGAUGAAGACGACGAUGAGAAGCCCUCAUGGUUGGACAAGCUGGCUAUCCCUGGCCUCACCCUCAAGCGCGCUUGGUUCCUCUCCCUUCUCCUCUUUGCUGGAUGCAUGUUCGCCACUCUGUUUGUGCGCACCGUCAAGGCGGCCACCGUGCUGGUUGGACUUGUUGGUAUUACCUGGGCCAUGACACUGUGGGCUCCUUGGGCCAUCAUCAGCGCUGAGAUCAGCCGGAGGGAUGCCCUGAUCCGUGCCCAGAAGAUUCGGCAAGCGGCUGCCAGAGCAAACAACGGUGGAAUCGGGGAUGACGAAGAGGAGGAAGAAAUUGACCAGGCUGGAGUGAUUCUUGGCAUUCACAACAUGGCCAUUGCUGCACCGCAGAUUAUCGCUACUGUGGGCUCUAGUGUCAUUUUCAAGCUCUGGCAGAAGCCGCGAGGUACACCAGGCGACCAUAGCAUCUCUAUCGUGUUCGCCCUUGGCGGUAUUUGUGUUGUGGUUGCAUCCUUCUUCGUGGCCAAGAUCAAGGAUGAUGCCGCCAUGCCAGCUGAUGUUAUGAUUGAGGCCGAAGAAGGACAGAGUGGAGCAGACGAGGCUGCAGGUCGCCGACCAUUGAACAGACGCAAGUCUACUCGGGAUCAGCUUCCCCGGGCAACCCAGGCCCGAGCAACUCUGACACGACACAAGAGUUUUGGAGGAGCCGAGAUGUACUAA